UGCAUCGGCUCUGAAAUUAUAACUAUGGGCGGUUAUUUCCGCAUAAAUAGAGGUUGUCUCAAAUAGUCAUUUUAUGUCGUGUUAUGACUCGAAUAGACGUUUGGUGGCGCUCGUUUUAACAGAGACGUACCUGAAAUAAACAUGACGUUUGGUGGCGCUCGUAUCUCAAAUACUGACAUAUAUUGUCGUGUUUUCAGCUUUUUGUUAAUAACUCGAAUAGAUGUUUGGUGGCGCUUUUCCGCAAAAUUUGAAGUUUCCCAAAUAGACGUUGUGUGGCGCUGGAAUCAAUUUUAAGGAUGGCAACAGCGAUGUGGACAUUGUCAUUGCGGUAGGGUAAGCGGCGGCGUUAUUGCAUGUAUUGCAUGUACAUUUGAUGUACUUAUGUAUCACAGCGCCUCGAAACCGUUGAGAUCAAGCAACCGCUUAGCAUCAGUUCUGUCACGCCCCGCGUGGAGCGCCACUGGACGGAGGUCAAUUUUUGAAGCCGGUUAAAAAUCCAUUGAUUUUAGUAUUUUCCUGCCUGGCCCUAACCGGGAGCUGCUGCCACCCAGCGGCCUUCGACUUCAACAAGAUCAGAAUGGCGGAUAGAGAAAUGAAAAACGAUUUUCUCUGAAUUUUAUCCCGAAUUUCAUCAAAUUUUAGGCAUGAGUACUUACAAAUCCAAAUGGGAGUCAUUCUCCCUUUGGAACUGCUGUCCACAGUUGGUUUUUCCCUGUUGUAGAUUUCAACAGCUUUCAGUCUGAUGGCAACAGCCUCCAUGAUGGAGUCCGAGUGUCUGGGAUUGCUCCAGAGGGUUGCCCACUACAGAGGAGGAAGAAUGAAUAGAAUUAACAUUGACCCAUCAGUUUGGUUUAGAUUACCAGUGAAUAAAGAUGAUGCACAAGGUUACUUCAAUUUGAUUCAGCACCCAAUGGAUUUUUCAACCAUCCAAGGGAAAAUAAAGAGUGGUCAGUAUAAAGACAUUGAGGACUUUCAUACAGACAUGCUCCUCGUCAGAGAUAAUUGUGUGAAGUACAACAGAGAUCCAGCAAGUCAGAUUCGGGUUGACUGUGACACUGUCUUUGGCUUCUACACUGUGGAGUAUGAUAAACUGAAGAGCAGGAAACCAGCAAAGAAAAAAGCUACCGGAACUGGCUGGGAUAUCAGAAUGUAUAGGCGUGCACAGAAAGAGGCAAAACUUGACAUGGCCCAUGCCAGUGCCAUGAAAGUGGUGCAAAGCCAGGUUGAGAAGCUGGAUGAUGACAUCAGGGAAAAGGAAGAGUGUAUUCGUGAUUUGACUGCUGAGAUCGAAUGGAAGGAAAGACUGAGAGCUGAAUUUGUACCCCCUGUUAAACUAGACCAAUAUGUUCAGGUAGAGAUGAAAUCGACACUACGGUGUGUGACGAACCCGACCCGUGUUCUGCCAAACGACUCUGCGAGAUGCUACCUGAGCAACACAACCAUGACUAAACGAGUUGACGAAACAUGCAAGGCAUUGGAACCAAUUCAUGGAGCUGAUUCCAAAAGUGUGCAGGAUGGAUUGUGGCUGACGUUGGUUAAAAAAGCAGGGAAGGGAGCCAUUCAAAAGUACUAUUCAAAUUUAUCGAGACCCAAGGAAGGCAGAGUAACAAAACAUAAGGAACGGGUAACGGAAGCAAAUGUGGUCCGGUGUGUCAAAUACAUGUAUCGUAAUGGUUCAAUAUCCAGUCGAAAAUACACUUCAUUGCGGCAGGCAGAUCUCAGUUUCGAAUGUAGUGGUGAUGAGCUGAUGACAUAUCAGGAACUUGUUCAUCAGUUGAAAAGUAUUUGUAAAGAGCUUCAGGUUCAUGAAGUUGCAGGUGUUUCCGGCUGCUACCGGAAUCUCGAAGACACCCUCCUGAAGAUAGCAUCAGUCUAUUUAGAGAUAGAUGAGAAGUUACAGGUCAAUGGGCAAUCUUUGAAUUGGCUGAAGAAGGAAAGAGGCUAUUUUUCGAUAUCUGUUGGGGCAGAUGGUGCUCCUGCCUCGAAGUUGAAAACGCACACGUCUGUUCUAUUGUCUUUUCUGAAUUUGUCUGAGAAGGUUAAUAGCUGCAUGUACCAGUUUUUGUUGUUCGGGGCUGAUGUACCUGAGGACCAUGCUUCUAUUCUCAACUAUGUUGCCGAAAUAGCUUCAAACAUGGAGUCCAUUGAGAAGAAAGAGUUCAUGAUUGGAUCCACUGUGGUCAGGUUUACUCUUGAACUUGUUCCGGGUGACUGCAAGUGGAUAGCCACUGCUUGUGGCGAGCUCAGCAAUGCAGCUACCUAUCCAUCCAGUUAUGGCAAUGUGCGAAAAGAUGACCUGUCAAAGCUUGACGGAAGUUUAGGUGGCAGUGAAUCCACCUGGAAACCUUGGUCGUAUCUUGAUCGACUAGCCGUGGUAAAAAAAGUGGCCUUGAAAAAACAGGAGGCCAGCAGGCGUGAUGUAGUGACUAAAUACAUUGCAUCCUUGCAUUCUAGGCAAGAACACGUACCUACACUUGGCAUUUACUCGGAGCACUGUUAUAUCGAUUCUCUUCAUCUGAAAAAUAACAUCUGUGCUCAGCUUCACCAGGCUAUUUUGACUGAAGCCCUAACACUAACUGAUGAUAAGGUCAUCAGGGGUUGCAUUGAUUUUAAGAAUAAUGCUUUCAUAGAAUCUCCCUUUGGCAGAUACCUGGUUUGUCUUCGGGAUGAAGUUCACGCUGGUCGUAUUUUCAUACAGGUCAGAAGGUGGUUUACAGAGAAUUGUGCCGCUCUGUCAAAAGGUUCCUGUGGCACAAGGCUUCUUGGUGUAAGGUUUACAGGAGAAGACUCCUUCAAAUUUUGCCAGGGUUACCCCUACUUGAUCAAGGCUGUGGGACAAAAUGGGACUCCUGAUAGACAAUUCAGUCUCCUGGUAUUUCACUUUGCCUGCACGGUUGUGCGCGAAGCUAUUGGUCUUGCUUCAAAGAUCAAAUUCAGUCAGUUUGAACUGCAACGAUUGCAGACUGUUUUUCGACAGUACCAUGCAUGUCACGUUCUUUUGAUGACUGGAGCAAACUUGACAACUUGGCAUCUUGGAUAUGUUGUUCGAUUUCAUGCGGAGGUUCUUUAUUUCCGCUUAGGAAUUGGUCUAGGUAUCAAUAGUAUGCAAGGACGGGAGGCCAAGAACAAACAAUUGAAGGAGUAUGCGAGAUUCAGUACCCCCCAGAACAAGUGGGGUAUGAUAUUCCGGCAUGAAUAUCUUGAUCUGUAUUGGCUCAAAGAGCAUGAUAUGGAUGUUGUGAAAGAUUUGGUGAAGAGUAGGUCCAGAGAUAGAUAUCACAUCAAUCCAAAUGUGAAAGCUGACAUGUGUAAGUGUGGUUUAGCCACUGAGGGUGCAUGUCUAUUCUGCAAUCAUCCCACAAUGAAGCUGAUUGAAGAAACCUGUGAGAAAAGACGAAUCUCACCAGAAAUGAGGAAGGCACAGCGUGAUGUUGUCUGGUAGAAAGGCCUUUGCAUUCCUGUUAACCGUAAACACAAAAAGUCCUAUAUCUCCUUAAUGCAUGGAUCAGUGCCAAAUUUUAAUCAUAGGUACAUCUAAUAAAGCCACAUAACAUAUCAUACAGGUUUUUGAUUUGACCUAUUUUUCAAGGUCGCAGAAGUCAAAUAGUGUAAAUUGGCACAUUUUGCAAAUAAUGAAGCUUUUGACUUAAAACUUGGUACAAUUGUACCUCCUAAAGAUUCAUGAACUUGAUUGGGAACAACGUUGACAUUGUGUUGGCUGUCGUCACAUCACGAUGCAUUGUAACUCUUGACGGUUUUACAUUAGUGUAACUACAUGUAAUGGCAAAAAGCUGUGAGCAGUUAAAGGUGGAUUGGAAUAUCCUGUAAUGGCCAAAUUUCUAUAGAAUGUGCGUUGAUAGCCCUGCAUCAGGUUUUAAUGGCACUGCCUUGGUCAAUAGCCACUGGUGUAUAAUGCAGGAAAAUGAUAUUUGUUGUAUUGUUGUACAAGGAUUCAUAGUUGCCAGAUUUACAUAGAUUAUCAAAAGGAAAGGAGUUCAGUUGUAAAUUGGUUGAUUGAAAAACGUGUCCAAAUGUCAAGUUUUGAAUGCUCAAUUUUGUUGUCCACGACUUCUUAAUGUCAUUCAUACAAAUUAUUAAUGAAUGUCAAUGAUAAAUAAUUUAUCUGGUUAUUGAGUGAUUGAAUUUAUACUUUUUCAAUUAUAAUCAGUGUUAACCAUAAAAUUUGGUGUUGUUUUGAAUAGUCUUUCUUGUACAUG